AUGUAUUCGCACUUCCCUCCAAAACCUCAAGGACACUCGCCGUCUGCUCCCCCCAUCGACUACCGAAAUCAUGGGUACCAAGUAGCCCAUCAGACCCCUCCCGAAGAUCGGCGCGGCUCCUUUCAAAGUCACACCCAAUCGCAACCAUUUGCGUCCCUGUACCCGGACAUCGGACAGCACCACGCACCGUCGGCUCCUAAUAGAGACUCAUUUGUUCAGCAGCCGUAUGCUUCUAACAAUAGCCAUCAUACUUCGAAUUUUGGUGCGAGUUUUUACUCUCAACAACCGCCCAUUCAGAAUUCUAGGCUUUCUAUGGAGUCAUCACAACAUCCACCAGCUCCUUUUUUAAGAGAUAUGUCGUUGCAUGGUGGGUCUGGACCUCUUCAACUUGAAAAUCUUUCUUCGAUGAGAAACAAUGUGGCGGCAAUGCCGAACGGUUUGGCUCCGACACCUUCCAGUGUCGUAGAGCUUCGAUUUCGGUGCCGAGGAUUGAAAAGGUCCGAUUUUUUGAGCCAGUCAGAUCCAUUUAUUGUGGUAUACAUGCAGGAAGCUCAGCACAGAGGAUGGAGCGAAAUUGGCCGUACAGAAACAAUCUACAACACGGCCGAUCCGAGAUUUGUCAAGUCUUUUCAGGUUGAUUAUUUCUUUGAAGAAGUUCAACGAUUGCGAAUUGAAGUGUUUGAUCGAGAUAGUUCGUCGGAAAGAUUAUCUGACCACGAUUUUCUCGGGUGUGUAGAGAUAACAAUGGGUCAGUUGAUGUCUUCUACGGGGCAAUCCGUUGUGCUAAAAUUGUUGCAGCGCGAAAAGAGUAGAGAACAUAUACACAAGUUAUCUGGCCACGUAGUUAUCGAAGCGGAAGAGGUUGCAACAUGCUCUGAAUCAAUUAGUGUCCGAUUUACUGCCUCUAAGCUAGACAACAAAGAUGGUUGGUUUGGCGCAUCAGACCCUUUUUUGAAUAUCUAUCGUCUACGGGAUGAGAGAUCUGACCCAUUUGCAGCAUCGUCGUGGAUUUUGGUGUGGCGUAGCGAAGUUAUUAUGGACAAUUGUAACCCAAAAUGGCGUCUUGCGACCAUAAGUGUACAAACUUUGUGUAAUGGCGAUUUGUCUAGGAUGCUAAAGAUUGAAUGCAUGGACUGGGAAAAGAGUGGGAAGCACCAGUUUAUCGGUAGCUGUACGAUCAAAGCACUAGAAUUGGUAACUGGAGAAAUUCGAAGCACAAAUUUGAUAAAUCCGGAAAGGCAAGCAAGAAAGGGCAGAAGGUACAAGAAUUCAGGCGUACUGAUCAUUGAGCAGAUUGAAUUAAUCAAGCAGCACACGUUUGUUGAAUAUUUACGUGGUGGCUGUGAGGUCAGCUUGAUUGUUGGCAUUGAUUACACGGCGUCAAACGGAACUCCGUCUGAUCCAUCGAGCCUACACUUUAUAGGCGGAAAUCAUCAAGGCCAGAUGAAUGACUACCAAGCUGCAAUUACUGCAACUGGUGCCAUUUUAGAGCCUUAUGAUUCGGACAAGCGAUUUCCGGUGUAUGGCUUUGGAGGUUUGGUUAACGGAGCUGUGAAUCACUGUUUUCCAUUAACAUUCGAUCCGUAUCAGCCAGAAGUGGAGGGGAUCGGAGGUGUUUUGAAAGCGUAUACCGAUUCCUUUCAAUUUGUGCAGCUUCAUGGUCCGACAAAUUUUGCUCCACUCGUACAUCAGGCUUCCGCUAUAGCAAGAUCUUUCUCUACACAAGCAGAACAUGGUGGUCGAGGAAGUUUGAAAUAUUUUGUGCUUCUUAUCGUUACGGAUGGUAUCAUCAUGGACUUUCAGGAAACAAUCGAUGAAUUAGUGCAGGCGUCGACGCUUCCACUUUCCGUAGUGAUUGUUGGAGUAGGAAAUGCUGAUUUUAGUGCGAUGAGCGCCCUCGAUGCUGACGGAAAGGUGCUUAUCGAUUCCAGGCAUGUCAAAGCUGCACGAGAUAUCGUGCAGUUUGUCCCUUUUAACCAGUUUCGUCGCAACCCGGCGCGUCUUGCAAAGGAAACUCUGGCCGAAAUCCCCACUCAACUGCUGCAAUUUUUUAAAAUGAAGAAUAUUUCGCCGCGCACGCCGUUGCAGCGCCAAGGAACCAGCUACUUAGUUAAUAGUUCAAUGAGCACAGGAAUGGCUGGUGCACUGGAUGUCGAGGUCUAA